CCUAAGUGAAUACGCUGCUAAAUUACCUAAAACUACUACUACUACUACUACUACUACUACUACCACUACUACUACUACUACUACUACUACUACUACUACUACUACUACUACUACUACUACUACUACUACUACUAAUACUACUACUACUACUACUACUACUACUACUACUACUACUACUACUACUACUCCUACUACUACUACUACUACUACUACUACUACUACUACUACUACUACUACUACUACUACUACUACUACUACUACUACUACUACUACUACUACUACUACUACUACUACUACUACUACUACUACUACUACUACUACUACUACUACUACUAACUACAUCAACAACAACAACAACAAUGUUAACGAUUCAUGA